UAUAAAUUGGCUGGCACUCUACAACUAACGCAUCAUUUAGUCCACCACCUAAAGACAGACACCUGCAAAGAUGUUCCGCUUCCUCCUUGUUGCCUCGGCUUUGAUUGCCUGCGCCUAUGCAGUGAGUGACGAGUCCUACGCAGUCGGAAAUAGCAGAAGCGAAAUAAACCCUGAUGGCAGCUACAGCUACUCAUAUGAGACCUCCAAUGGAAUCUCUGGUCAGGAGCAAGGAGUGGGUGGUCAGGGUGCCAGCGGCUCAAACUCUUACAUUUCGCCGGAGGGUCAACAAGUGCAGCUCUCAUACAUUGCUGACGAGAAUGGUUACCAACCACAGGGCUCGCAUUUGCCCACCCCACCACCAAUUCCAGAGGCUAUUCUAAGGGGAUUGGAAUACAUCCGUACCCACCCACAAUAUCAGGAGCCGAUAAGUAAAUCAAACCGAUUGGGUGUAUUAUUUGGUUAA